AAUGUAGAGUUUUCAUCAUCUAAUCAAGAGAAAUCAUACGACUUAUAAAUGGGUGGAAGUUGAAAAUGGAAAUAUUGCAGAUAUAGGACUGGCGUUUGCACAUACUAUGCAUCCUGCGAAACUGUCAUUCUUCAACCAAUCAAAAGGUUGUUGCCUGUGCAAAGCACUUUGUUGGAGAUGGUGGUACAACUAAUGGCAUCGAUGAGAGCAAUACAGUUAUUGACAAGCAUGGACUGCUCAGCAUUCACAUGCCUGCCUACAUUGAUUCGAUCUUCAAGGGCAUUUCAACGGUAAUGGUUUCCUAUUCUAGUUGGAAUGGAGUGAAGAUGCAUGCAAACCGUGAGCUGAUAACUGGCUUCCUCAAGGGCACCCUUAAAUUUAAGGGUUUUAUCAUCUCAGAUUGGGAGGGUCUAGACAGAAUUACUUCUCCACCACAUUCCAAUUACACGUACUCUGUUCAAGCGGCAAUUUUAGCUGGCAUUGACAUGGUCAUGAUUCCUUACAAGUAUUUAGAGUUCAUUGAUGAUCUUAAGUAUAUAGUGAAGAGCAAUGUCAUCCCAAUGGAUCGUAUUGAUGAUGCUGUUGAGAGAAUUUUAUCAGUCAAGUUCACAAUGGGUCUUUUUGAGAGCCCCCUGGGCGAUUACAGCCUUGUCAAUGAGCUUGGGAGUCAGGCACAUAGAGACUUGGCAAGAGAUGCAGUCAGGCAGUCACUCGUACUGCUAAAGAAUGGGAAAACUGAUAGCCAUCCGGUGCUACCCCUUCCGAAGAAGGCCCCAAAGAUCCUCGUUGCUGGUACUCAUGCUGAUAAUUUAGGAUAUCAAUGUGGUGGAUGGACAAUUGGACCACAAGGUUUCAGUGGCAACAACGGUAUAAGGGGAACUAGCAUCCUUGCAGCCAUCAAAUCAACUGUUGAUCCAAGCACAGAGGUUGUGUUCCGUGAGGAUCCUGACAGUAACUUUGUUAAAUCUAAUGGCUUCUCAUAUGCCAUUGUUGUUGUUGGUGAAACCCCGUAUGCCGAGAUUGAAGGGGAUAGUAAAACGCUUACCAUGUUGGAUCCUGGUCCGAGCAUCAUAAAAAACGUUUGUGGUUCUGUAAAGUGUGUGGUGAUUGUCAUUUCUGGAAGGCCAAUAGUGAUCGAACCAUACAUUUCAUCAAUGGAUGCUCUGGUCGCAGCUUGGUUACCUGGCACUGAAGGCCUAGGAGUCACUGAUGUCCUUUAUGGAGACCAUGAGUUCAGUGGGAAACUUCCAAGAACAUGGUUCAAAUCUGUGGAUCAACUGCCAAUGAAUGUUGGAGAUCCACACUAUGAUCCCCUUUUUCCUUUUGGUUUCAGACUCACAACUGGUUCGGUUAAAGACCUUGCCGCAAAGUCAACAUCAGCAGGAGUUAGUGGAACAUCAUCCUUUGUUGCAACAAUCAUUGCUACAAUCGCCAUUUGUAUAUUGCAGGUACACUUCUAGUUCUUACCAACAGUCAGCCAUGUGCAUCAGUUUGUUCUAUACUUCAGUCAUGGUUUUAGGAAAAUUGAAGAGGUCAAGAAAUCAGCCUCAAAUGCUUGGCCAUUUAUUUAGUAACCAUGAUUCUUUGGAUUGUAAUAGUUAAAGUUAUAGGUGUCACAAAUGUUCUCCUAAGGUGAUGGCUGCAAGUGGCAAGUGUAUAAUAUCUAAAUAAGUAAUACAAAGGAAAUAUUCAAAGUUCACCUCCACGGGAACUAUGUAUGAGAACGUUCAGUGAAAUCUAUAGUCAAUUUGUAACUAGGAGUCACAAAGUGAAAAGUUAGGAAUGAUGUGGGUGUAAAUAUUAGGAUGGAUGUAUUACAUCUAUUGUGCAAACAUCUAUUGUGUUUACAACAUUGUGGGUGUAAAUAUUAGGAUGGAUGUAAUACAUCUAUUGUGUCACAGAU